CCUCACUCUUAUAACCUCAAAAAAUGUUACUAAAAUUGCACAAAAAAUGCGUUUUAAGAGGGUUUUUAAGCAUACAAAGGUAUUAUUCCAACAGAAAUAUGUUAAGACUCAAAGAAAGAGGGAUGUUACAGGACAUAUUUCCCGAUACAGCCGCUAAUUCCGUUACAGAUAUGAUGAAUGCUAAACACCAGACGGUGUAUGCAGGUUUUGACCCCACAGCGGAUAGCUUACACGUUGGAAACUUGUUGGUUUUAGUGAAUUUGAUACAUUGGCAACGAGGUGGCCAUAAUACUAUAGCAUUGGUUGGGGGUGCUACAGCAAAAAUUGGCGACCCCAGUGGACGCACAAGUGAAAGAGAAGAAAUGUUGUUUAGAAUCAUUGAUGAAAACGUGGAUGGUAUAUAUAGGGAUAUUAAAACGGUUUUUGAUAAUCAUGAGAAGUACAUAUGGCAGGAUAAGGAUAAAUUAAAGCCAGUAAGAAUAGUCAAUAAUGAAGAAUGGUAUUCAAAGAUAUGUGCUACAGAUUUAAUUGGUAGAACUGGUAGAUAUUUAAGAAUGGGAACGUUAUUGUCACGUACAAGUGUACAAAGUAGGUUGGAAUCACCACAAGGGAUGAGUUUUACAGAGUUUAGUUACCAGCUGUUUCAAGCGUAUGAUUUCAUGCAUUUAUUCAAAGAAUAUAACUGUCAAUUUCAGAUAGGCGGAAAUGACCAAAUGGGCAACAUAAUGUCAGGACAUGAACUCAUAAGUAAAGCAUGUAAAAAACCUGUGUAUGGCAUUACUGUACCUCUAAUAACCACUGAAAUGGGUGAUAAGUUUGGAAAAUCCGCUGGAAAUGCUGUCUGGCUGAAUGGGAAUAAAACUUCACCUUUUACAUACUAUCAGUUUUGGAUGAGGCAGACCGAUAACGAUGUAGAAAAAAUGUUGAAAUUGUUUACCUUUGAUACUGUUGGGAGUAUAAAGGACUUAAUGAGGCGCCAUAGGGAGAAACCUGAGUUACAAUUGCCUCAAAGAAGGCUUGCAGAACAAGCUACUCUAUUGGUACAUGGUAAAGAGGGUCUAGAAAAAGCGAAAAGGGCUUCUGAAGUCAUGUAUGGAGGUAAUUUAGAAGUGUUAGGCCAAAUGACGGCCCAGGAAGUUUGCAAUUUAUUCGAAGGUUGCACAAUAGUUGAAGUAUUACCGGAAAUAGGCCAAAGUAUAAUGGAAUUAACGAUAAAAAUUGGGUGUUUUCCCACUACAACUGAUGCCUUGAGGAUUAUAAGCGCAGGUGGUUUCUAUAUAAACCAACAAAAAGCGCAAAACCCCAAUGAAGUAAUAAAUAUGAAUGUGCAUAGGUUAGCUAAUAAUAUAUCGCUUCUUAGGGUAGGCAAAAGGAAUUACUAUGUUGUUAAAUGGUUAUCUUAAUAAAAACUGUUUAAUUUUAAUAAAUUACAUUUAAAAACACUUAUUGCUCUACAGGUAAGUACAGCAAAACUAUAUCAAAAAUGGUGUUGCUUAAAAUUUGUAUGU